AUGAAACUUGCUGAUGGUGGCUACCUGACAAGUACUCUCUUUACUUUUGAGAAUUCUGCUUGUGAUGGGGAAAAGUUGCACCUCAACUGUCCUCCCAGCACCUUGAUCACGAUCCAGUCAGCUGAGUACGGCCGCAAGGUUCCAAGUUACCAGAUGUGUCCCGCAAAGGACAAGGCUGAGGAUUCUAGUGCUGGUGGGGACCUAGGAGAACAUUUAUGGUACCUACAGGAGAAUACCAAUUGUCUGGCCACCACUUCCUUUAGGGUAUUAUUGGAUCGAUGCCAGAACCAGCGUAAAUGUUUUGUGGUGGCCAGCACCGACACAUUCCGACAGGACCCCUGUCCUCGUACAUCAAAGUACCUCAAAGUUUCCUACAAAUGUAACCCAGACAAUUUUACGAACCAGACUGUUUGUCAGGGAGAACAGCUUACCAUUACUUGCCAGAAAUCCACAAGAAUUGUUAUAUACUCAGCGCUGUUUGGACGCGCAUCCGAAGACAGUUCAUUAUGUUCCUCAGGCACCAGCACAACAUACGCAGUUUGCAGAUCUCGGACUGCUGUAGAGGAAAUUAUGUCCCGUUGCCAUGGCCGCAAACGUUGUGCAGUAGAGGCAGAAGAGUAUGUCUUUGGUAACCCCUGUCCUCCAGGAAUUCCGAAAUACCUCAAUGUUGUUUAUACUUGUGUUCCUAAACGAAUAUUAAAAGAAAACAGUCGACAUCAUCAUAAGAAGAAGAAAAAGAAAAAGAAGCCGUCAACAAAUGUGGUCAAUAUUGACAUAGGAGACAGCGACAGCAACAUUCCAAGUGACCUGACCACCUCAACAACGUCGUCUUCAAUCCACAACACCAUCACAAGGGCUCCAGACGUGUUCCCAGCAGAUGAUGCAAAACAACCUGGGAGGAAAGGUGACCUGACUGUUGAAAAGGGAGAUAACUCUAAAGAAAAGAGUGAAGACAGUGAUUUGCCAAACACAACAGUGCAAUGCAAUAACCACACAUUGAGAAUCCCUGGAGCUAUUGUACCCUCUACCAGUAUGGAGCGUGCAGCUAGUGGCAUGGUUGUUGACUGGUUCAACACAUUCUACUUCUUAAGGGAGAACCACGAGAAAGCAGUGCUGUAUCUAGUCCUCGGGGUUUGUUUUGGAAUCAUCGCCCUCCUUAUAAUAGUUGUGAUCAAACUCAUGAUAAACAAUCGACGCAAAAAGAAGGUGAAGCUGGAUAUAACUGAUCCAACACAUUCAAAUGUGUUACCUCCUCCCAAUCACUUGGACACUCCCACACUGUCACGGGCAGAUUCCAUAGACAGGAUUGAGAUUGUCAGGUUUGAACCACGAUCCACACUACGUAGGGACAGAGAUGCUACUCUGCGACGAGACUUUGAGUCACACAUUCCUCUAAGAACUGACUUUGAGGCUGAGGACACUCUACGGAGUGAUCCUGGGGACCGUACCUUAAAUAAUUACUAUGGAUGA